CAAAUUGAACGCACACCAAGUCUAAAUGGAUAAGAUUGCUAAGAUUUUUUAGCAAAAGAAAGAUAUUUUCUUUUAGGUUCCCAAUUGGCAGUACAAAGUCAGAAAUAUCAACAGCAUAAAGGAAAGCAGGGAGAAGCAUCUUCCAUUGCCGUAACUCUCUUUAUCAUCAUUGGAAAAAAAGGGCUUAAUUAGGAGAAAAAAGAAAGAAAAAUGGAGUUCCAUGGGAGGCCACACAGGAGCGACAUUCAUUUAUCAGCAGAGGAAGAAGCAAAAAUUCAAGAGGAAACAAAAGAAUAUUUUGAUGGAUUGGCUGCAAAGCGUCACUCUAAGCCUCAACGCAGUGAGUUUUCUGCUCAAUAUGUGGAUGCUUUCCCCUUCACCAAUUCUCUUCCAUCUUCCAUCCCUGAACUUGUUGAGUUUCAACGUCUCGAAAAUGAUCCUCAGAAGCUAGUUUGCAAUGGAAAUGGCCAAGUUGGGGAGGAUUUUGUGGAGACAGAGUACUACAAGGAUCUCAACUGCAUUGACAAGAAGCACCACACGACAGGAACAGGGUUCAUUAAAAUGGAGAAUAUCAAUGGAAAAUCCUUCAGCUUAGCACCAGAUCCGGUAUCCUGUUGCCAUGCUUCUUGCAGAGGAAACCCAGCAACUAAUGAAUGGAUUCCAGCAGCUGCCAAUACUGUCACUUUGGCUUCAGACAAGCCCAAAAGGAGUGACAAUUGAAAGGCAGGGUGACUGGGGGAUGUGUUGUCUUCAAGUUAAGACCUAGCUAGAUAUUGCAAAUGUUCUCUACCUUAUCUCUUAUGGUCACUCUGUGACAAAGAAUGUUUAUCAUUGUCGCCACUAAGGUAGUUCAUACGCUAAAUAUAUAUGGUUAUAAUUGCAGUGUACUUGGAUGCUUGUGGUGUUUGAAUGUUAAUUCUAGCUUCUGAAUAA